GUUUGCGUAGGCACCAUAAAAUCGUUCACACACAAUUCGGUACAGGCGGCAUUUGUGCUGGUUGUUUGUGACAAUUUUCAAUGUGAGCCCAGUCAAGGUGAGUGUUUAUCGUACGAACAACAAAAUGAACUGUCAAAAAAUUGACCGAACGAAUAGCAACAACAACAACACCAACCAAACACACUCAUUCAUAUGACAGACUAAAAUUAUUUCGCUCGUUUUUGUUAUGAGCCCAUACAAUUCUUUGCGUUCUGCGAAUUCUCCGGCAGUGGUUGUCCACAACGCAAUUUACAAAUUGUAACCAAACGUGUGUAUGUGAAAGAGGCACAGAGAGAUUGGAAAAAACACAUAAAAUAAACAGUUUUAUCGCCGUUCAAAAAUUCCAAAUACAAUUCUGCGAAUAUCGACUUUGGGCGAUGCAACAACAAUAGCAUCUGUGUGUCGUGUAACUUGAGUCAAAGAUCAAUGAUGUUCCGCUUGAGUUAUACUGAAACUCGGCUUGUGUGAGCGACGAACGAGAGCGCACCGAUUCGCACACAUAAAACUGCAGACGGUGCAGAAUAUCUUCAUAACUCAGAACCGUUAAUCGUUCUCAACAUUCGGAGAGCAAUCGUUGGUGAUUUCACUUUUGAGGCAGUAUUCAAACAACACAGUUCAGUUUUUGAAACACGUGUUUUUCUGGAGAUUUUUUCUCAACUCUGUUUUACGAACGAAUUUUACUUUUUUUUUAUCGCUAAAAAUUAACGUAUCGAAAGAAAAUUUCGCAGAUUUUACUGAAAUAAAUUUUGUGGAAAUUAGAUCAUUGAGCCGCAAAGAAUGUCUGAUCAACCGAAGGAUUUACGAAAAUUGUGCAUUUUGAAUGCAAAAGAAUCGGACGAUGACGACAAAAUUCGUUCGCUGUGCGAAACGUUUGGUCGUGUCAUUCAUUUCAAUCGGCCACCAAGCAAACGGGCAUUGGCAUUCCCACUUUAUCAGAAUGAAAGUGAUGCUCAACGCGCAAAAGAUGGUCUGUCUGCCGAAGGAUAUCGUGUUCAAUUUGCAAAUGCCAAGCGGGGCGACAACUCCAGCGAAGACACUGGUCACCAGAAGCGCAGUGAAUUUCGGUCACGACAAAAUUUGGCGGAAAAUGGGUCUGAAAAUGGUUUCGAAGCCGAUUCGUCGUCGGACAACCGGCCAUACGGUGUUUGCAUAAAAUGCGGUGACAAAGCUUAUUACAACUGUGGUCGAUGCCGUGAAUUUUACUGCUCUGAAGAGUGCCAAGAGAGCGAUUGGUUGACACACAAGCCUAACUGUGUCUCGAUGCCGAAGCUUGUGCCAGCAAAAUCGACGUACAGCAUUCGUGCAAGCCGCUACAAUUUGUCGGAUUCGGUUGAAAAGCUUCCCGAAGCAAAUCACGUGGUGAAAGGCACAGAUGCUGCUGAUGGGCGGCCAAAUGGUGAAUCGUUGCCAAUCAAGGUUGAACCAAAAGUUGAACCGUUGCCACAGAAGGCCGAAUCGAUUGCGUCAGCCAGCAAAAAGGUACCGAUUUCGUCCACCGCUUCAGACACGGUUUCCAAUUCGGACGAUAAGCGUUCGAAAGCCGGAACUCUGAUCGAGGAAAAUCGCAACACCGAAAAGGUAACUCGUUCACCACGGGCACGACUCUUGGCACAAACAAAAGCUGAGCCGGUGCCGGCACAGGCCACUCCAGCGCAACCGACAAAUGGUUUGGUCUCUGAUUCGAUUCCGGAUAAUACGGAGGUCUACAUCACUCAUGUUCGUACACACCGAAGCGUUUACAUUCGAUCGGCCCUCACCAACGAUGAAUAUGCCAAACUGAUUACCGAAGUUGGAGAAACGUCAAAGACACAGCCAAAGUUGACCGUCCACCCAAAUAGAAACGACAUCGUGAUGGCUCCGUUCGAUGGCAUGUACUAUCGUGCAAUCGUAAUCAGUUGCGACAAAGCCAACGCUAUGGUUAAAGUUGGUUUCAUUGAUUUCGGCAAUUCGGACGAGGUGCCAUUCAGUCACAUCAAGGCGUUGCCUAAACAUCUUCAAACACAUCGUCGUUUGAUUAUCCCAGUGGCUCUGAAGGGCAUUCACGAUGAUUACGAAACGAACGAAAAGGACAACAUGUCGAAACACUUGGGUGAAUUGUGCGAUAGUGGCGUUGGACUCCGAGUAAAAGGCGACAACCCGCAUAUCAAUGGUAAAGAAUCCGUCGAAUUGUUCGAUCUCAUCACAAACCAAUCGGUCAGCGAAGUGCUCAAUGCGACGGUACAGAAGCGUUAUCGCAUCGAAGAUAUCAAGCAAAAGGUGGUCAAAAAUGCAUCGGACGUGGAAAUCAUGAUCAUUGGGCCGGAACGAAUUUGCGAAAAUUAUGUGACGUGCAUUCUGAAGACGGACGUCGACACGUUCAUGAACGCCGAUAAUUUGACGCAAGCGUUUGGUAUGUCCGUGAAGAAUGCACCGGCAUACAAGCCAAAGGUGAAGGAGCUGUGCGUGGUCGAAAUCAAGGAACCCGAAGGUAAAAUUUGGUAUCGUUGCCAAUACCAACAGGAGUUGGUCGACGAUCAUGCCCAGGUGUAUUGCUUCGACUACGGCAGAAUUGAACGCGUGCGUGCCAACAACAUUCGGUCGAUCACCGAAGAUGUGGCUUUCGAAAUCACCUCGUUUGUUGGUCUCUUGGAAAAUGGUGAUAAGAUGAGCGUCGAAGAAAAGAAUGUCAUAAUCCAAGACCCGGCAGUGAAGGCCGCAUCAAUCAAAUACGAUGGCGAUUUGCACCGCAUCACAUUGGCAUAGACGGUCAUGCGUGAGCUGGAGAGCAUUCAAAAUAUCAAAACCAUUGAUUACUCAACAUUGACGAAUUGAAUUCGCUUCCCAAACGAAAGAAAAACAAAUAUUUAGAAUAAAUUUUUUUUUCUACACAUUUUUUUAACAGACAGAUUUUAAGGUCUGGUUCAUACCAUGGGUAAAAUCAAACUCAUUACUCAUUUAAUCAUAAACAUUUGUUUAGCCCUAAGCAGAACUGAAAGUGAAAUUAUUGUAUUUUGAAUACUGAAAUAAAAUCCAAUUUUCUCAUUUUGACACAUUUUUCGGACAUAAAAAUAAAAAUAAAAAUAAAGAAAAAACUAAAAGAAAA